AUGCACCACGCCAGUGAGAUCCGGUUUCACGACGUCAACUUUGACGGCGACGGGUCCUUCGAGACAUACACCGCCUACGGCCAGUCCAAAACGGCCAACAUCUACAUGGCCAACGAGAUCGAGAGGCGCUACGGGUCCCGGGGUCUCCACGCGCUCUCGCUACAUCCGGGGGCCACCCCGACGCACAUGACCCAGCAGGAAGCGUUCGAUAACGACGCAAUCCGGGCCCGUCUGGGAGAGGAGGCCUUCCAAGGAAUCGUGCGCGGGCUGAAGAGCCCGCCGCAGGGCGCGGCCACGACGGUCUACGCGGCGCUGAGCAAGGACUGGGAGGGGAAGGGGGGCAGGCAUCUGGCCGGUUGCGCCGAGGCAGGCCCAACGCCUGUGGGGUCCGUCCCGUGCUUGAUAGGCCCGGGAUACGCUCCGUGGGCUUACGAUGAAGAGAAGGCGGCCCGGCUGUGGCGGGAGUCGUGUAAGAUGGUUGGAGCUGAGGAUGGUGCAUGA